CAGGAAACGCGACGUGCUUUGCCGCCAUACCGCUCCAAACGCUUAACUGUUUUGAAUCCAAACCUACUACCAAACAACUGCAACUGACCGUUGGAGGAAACUAGCGUGCUAAGACUUUGAUAUCGUACUAGCCAGCUUGGCGUUAUUACAAUUAUGUGUUAUCUGUGAACAUUUACGCGAAAACAGCUGUCGCAAGUACGAAUUAUAAUGUCAAUUGUGACAGUACAACUUGGACAAUGUGGCAACCAAGUAGGCCUAGAGUUUUUUGAGGUGAUCAGCAAUGAUGCAAAUGAUAGACAAAGAAAGGUCUACAGUGAAUGCACCAAUGACAGGUUCUUCAGUGAAACUUCAAAUGGAGACCUCGUGGCACGGGCAGUGCUUAUUGACAUGGAACCGAAAGUCAUCUCACAGAGUGUUGCAAAAGCUGUAAAAUCUGGGAAGUGGCGAUAUGGGGAACAUUCAUACUUCAGCCAGAAACAAGGUUCGGGGAACAACUGGGCCAAUGGAUACUGUGUCCAUGGACCUCGUCAUGAAGAGUUAGUGGUGGAUCUUGUGAGGAAAGAGGUGGAGCGCUGUGAUCGUCUGGCAGGCAUUAUAGCCAUGAUGAGUGUGGCAGGGGGCACUGGAUCAGGGGUGGGCACAUACGCCACUCAGUGUCUCCGGGAUGCUUACCCAAACUCCUUCAUCCUUAACCACCUGACAUGGCCGUAUGGUACUGGAGAGGUAAUUGUCCAGAAUUACAACUCUGUGCUCACGCUGUCACACCUCUACCAGCUCUCGGAUGCCAUACUUGUUCACGAAAAUGACACCGUGCACAAGAUUUGUGCCAAGCUCAUGAAUAUCAAACACAUAUCAUUCAGUGACAUCAACAAAGUCAUCGCCCACCAGCUAGGUAGUGUUCUUCAGCCUGCGCUCACUGGUGACUCCAAUGGAGUCUACAAUAAAAACCCUCUAGCUGAACUGAUGAGCGGCCUGGUUUGUCACCCGGAGUACAAGCUUCUGAGUUUGUGCAAUAUUCCACAAGUGUCCAGCUCUUCAAUGGUGUACAGUGUGUUCACCUGGUCGGGGCUUCUCAAACACCUACGUCAGAUGCACAUUUCCAAUACCAAGAUGGAAGAAGGCAUUGACUGGCAGGUGCGAGCCCCCUGUCUCCAGUCUGGAGGGCUAGAGAGGACCAAAAGUCACAGAAGAAAGGGUUUCAACACCUCCCUAGCCAACCUGCUCAUACUGCGAGGAAAGGAUGUGUACAGUGCAGAGAUAGGUGGAUUUCAGGAUCCGUCCCUAUAUACCUCCUGGCUUCCAGCUGUUGAGGCUUUCAGUAUUUGGAAAACCCCUGUAACCUUUAACAAGUAUGAAAAGUCUGCCACACUUGUCAGCAACAGCCAGGCUCUGCUGCAGCCUCUGGACUACAUGGUGGGGAAAGCCUGGAACAUGUUUGCCUCCAGGGCCUACAUUCAUCAGUACACAAAGUAUGGAAUCUCAGAGGAGGAUUUCUUGGAUAGCUUUACAUCUCUUGAACAAGUAAUCUCUAGCUACAGUCUACUUUAAUGCUGCUUUGGACCAGUGAUAAGCUGUUUAUUCCAUUUGACUAAAGCUGGUAUUCAGUCUGAUUAUGGAUUUGCACAACACUUUUUCAUUUAGGACUGCACUGACAUGCAGCAUUUACGUGAAUGUGGUCUCCCCAAACAAGGUAACAAUUACUUUCAAAUUGCACACUGCAAAUAAAGUGUAAUCAGAUUAAAA